UUUAAAGGAAGCUCUUGAGAACUUCUCUUCUUCUCUCUCUCUGUAGUUCCAUUAUUUUCCCUUUUCUUUCCCCUGUAGAUUGUAGUUAUCAUCAUAUAAUCUCCUCUGUAUCAGCUUCCGUUUCUAUCUAGAUCAGAUUGUUAAACUGAGAAGAAAAUGAAGCAGAAGCUAAUUUUGACAUUGGAUUUACAUGACAACAAAGACAAGCAAAAGGCUUUGAAGAAGGUUUCUAGUCUAUCAGGAAUAGAUUCAAUCUCCAUGGACAUGAAAACAAAGAAAUUAACAGUGAUUGGAAUUGUUGAUCCUGUGGACAUUGUUAGCAAGUUAAGGAAGUUCUGGCACACUGAUAUUGUUUUCAUUGGGCCUGCUAAAGAGCCUGAGAAGAAAGAGGAACCCAAAAAAGAGGAACCAAAGAAGGAAGAAGCCAAGAAAGAAGAAGCAAAGAAAGAGGAACCAAAAAAAGAGGAACCAAAGAAGGAAGAAGCCAAGAAAGAAGAAGUCAAGAAAGAAGAAGAACCAAAGAAAGAAGAGAAGAAGCCGGAUCCCAAUCAGCAGCUCGCUGAGCUUGUCAAUGCUUACAGAGCCUAUAAUCCACAUAUGACCACUCACUACUAUGUUCAGAGUGCAGAAGAAAACCCAAAUGCAUGUGUUAUUUGUUAAAUGGUGAAUCGAAAUGCAUGUGUUAGUGAUGAAUUAUAAUCCGAUAUUGAAGCCAGUUGAACGCAAUGUCCUUAGGACAGAGAAGCUUCGCAAGCUUCGCGUGUACAGUUGAUGGAGGUGGAGAAAUGGAUCCCAUGAAUCUGUCCAAAGGUAUGUAACAUAUUUACAGAAUAAAUAACUUUUGGAAUGUAUGAGUUUAGUUGCAAGAGUUUUUGGUUCAGUGAAUCAAAAAUUAUGGUCGUCUUGUCGUUUAUUAUUGUAUUCGUCCAAUGUAAGCCACAAAAAGGUUCCAACUUAUAGGAACUAGGAAGCCAUUUUUCAAGAUCAAUUCAAACGAAGUUUGAUGCAAAUCUGAAAUAAAGUUUUCCAUACUA